GAUGUAAGCUGGCGUUCCACUAACACCCGCACACACCCCCACCCCAGUGCAAGUCAAGAACAGAGUGCGAGACAAAGACAAAUCAGGCCGGAUCGAUCUACCUAAAGUAACCUCUUCCUUUGUACAGGUAGAACUCAAGACACACGCAGAUCUAACAGCGCUACUGGGAUUCUCUUUUAAACCAACAUGUCACAGUUCAGCACUCUUUCAGUGCGUGAGAGGAAGAAGCAGGCAGCUGCCCUUUGCCAUGAGGUCCAUGGUGGUGCCAACGGUUUUACUAUGGACCUGGGAAAGAAACUUUCCACUCCAAAAGACAUCAUGCUGGAGGAGCUCUCUCUCUUGUCAAACCGAGGGUCGCGUCUUUUUAAGAUGCGCCAGCGGAGAUCAGAGAAAUACACAUUUGAAAGCAUUCAGAAUGAAGCCAAUGCUAUGUUUAAUAGUGAAAAUCAAGCCAAUGCAGAAAACUCAGAAAAUAAAGGACUUGCAUCAAAAACGCCACCAAACACACCAGACCCCAGAAAUCCAGCGAACCCUGAAAACAUUGCACCAGGAUAUGGAGGUCCAUUGACAAACAUUCCUCCAGAGAAGUUUAAUGCCACAGCUAUGCCAAAAUCCUAUCACUCCCCCUGGGAAGAGGCCAUCAUCAAUGACCCCACACUGGCCGACACACUGAAAGUUCAAAUGCCAGUGCCUGAGCCUAAACCAGAGCUGCCUGACUACAAAAGCUUUAAUAGGGUGGCUACACCAUUUGGGGGUUUUGAAAAAGCCCCACGAGGGAUAACCUUUAAGCUUCCAGAGGUGGACUUGAAUGCUCCUCGAUACCCCGAGCUCCAGGAUUCCACAGCCAAGCGACCCACUUUCAACAGAAUUGCCCAGGGAUGGAUCUCCGAUGGCACACCUCUCAUUUUACCCACUGUCUCACUGGAGCCUUUCGAGAUCCCUGAGUCUGAUGAUCUGUAACUCCGAUUCAAGCCCUUCUUGUUACUCAAUCCCAGUGAGCCUGAUUGUGGUAUAGGGUGUGUGUAGAUGUGUAGUUUGUGUUUUAGCAUUCUUUGAAGUGAAUUUUGAACUGCUGUUCUUGGGACGGCAGUUACCACAUAUCAUUUUUAUAAAAGUAUGCCUUAAAACGGUAGAUUGUGAGGUAGCAUUAAUAAUCAUCAUCAGAAUGAACCAUUUCUGUUGGGUUGAAAUCCACAUAGCACAUUAUGCAUGUGUUAUAAUGUGUUUAGUUAUAUCACCAAUCAUUACAAUUCUAGGUAACCACAAACUCUGAAUAAUACAGUGUGGAUUACCAUCAAAAACAGAAAUUAAUUUUAUUUAUGGAUGAAGACAAUGCAUUUUUGCAUUUAAAGCAUAUAAAAAGUAUAAGAAUAUACAUUGUACAAUGAGUAAAUUUAUUGAUACAUCCAGCGUGUUACAGUGAUGCAUGAUUAUACUGUGAAACAUUACUAGUUUUCCAAGACUACAUUCACAUUUAUCAGUAAUAUUAUCAGUAUAUUUAGUACAGAAUCAAAUAAUUUUUAGGUAAUUUUUUUUUUUUUUUCAUUUUGUGGUGAAAUAUUUUG